AUGUUCCUGCCAAGUUCGACGAGUCCUUUUCUUUUGAGGAAAAGAGUAAGUUACGUUUAUGUUUCAAUUUUAUAGCCUCAAAAUGAUAUUUAUGCGUUAUUUCUAAAAACUUUUUUCUGUUUUAGGGAAUGCGUUCAGUAGUGUGGGACGAGUUCGACAUAGGUGACGAGGUGGUAUUUUGUAAGAGGUGCAGAAGAAGUUACAAGAAUAAGCGAUGGGGUACAAGUCACUUAUGGUCGCACAUGCGAACGUACCACCCGGAAGAACUGCCACGGCUCGGGCAAAAUCAGCAAGAAGUCGAGGUUUAGUGUGGUUUUUUUCAAGAAAAAAACUAUUAAAGAUUAAGGAUAAGAAACUUCCAAAUGAGAACGUUCCAACAUCCACAAAGAUGACAAACGAUGGGUGGAACCUGUCCACCGAGCUUCUUGUCAAGCUUGUUGCUGGAUGUGGAGUCUCAGUGGACGUGACGCAGAGCAGAGAGUUCUCCGAAUACUCCAGGUCUUUGAACAAGGAUUACACUGUGAGUUAGCAAAACGUUAUAAAAAAGUAAAAAAUUAACUAUGGUUCAGGUGCCAUCCGCCAACACACUGAUGACAAAGGCGGAAGAGAUGGCUUCGGAAGUCCAAAAAGAAAUUAAAGAUACGCUGGGAGAUGAGAAAGUAGCUGAUAUCGCUCUCACAACGGAUUCAUGGACGAGUCGUAAUGUAACAGUAAGUGAAGACUUUCGGAAAAAAAAACCAAGUGUUCAUAUUCAGAUGCAUGUGCUCACGGGCCACUUCUUUAACGAAGGACAGCGCUGCAACAAAAUUUUAGACGUCUUCACUACUGAAACGUUUUUUAUCUAAUUAUUUCCAAAUAUUUUUUUAAAUCACAGUCAGGAAGCAGACACGAUCAAAGAGGGCCUGGAAUGUUUGCUGAAUGAACUUGAGAUCAGGUCAAAAGUCUCGGUAGUAGUACAUAAUGGAACGGCGAACGGGGAGAAGGCGGUAACUGACAUGGGACUGAGAAGGUAUUAUUCAAACUUCAAAGGUUUUGAUAAAAAUAAGACAUUUACUAGUGUUCCCUGUGCUUCUAACUUGUUAGACCUCAUUGUUCAAAGAACUCUGAGAGUCGAAGCCAUCGAGAAUGUUCGAAACAAAAUGAAAAGAUGUGUGCAGAGGCUUGACCGCACUGAGUCUUACCGAGACAAAUAUCAACGGUAUAUCUUAGGCUAUGUCGCCAAAUUAAAACUCAUUCUUCGUUUCAGUUAUUACACCGAGAAGAGUUUGCCAAAGGCGAUACCGACGGACGAUGUUCAGAACAGGUGGAACAGCUUUUUUCAAAUGCUCAGUGACGUUGAGACAUCGGUGUGUUGUUUCGGACUAGAUCGGUGACCUUUAGGCUUUACAGUUUGUCGCGUACAACGAGAUGUUAGAGAACGAGGGGCUCGAGGCGUUGUCUGAGGAAGAAAGAGAGCUUAUGAAGAGCCUCCGGCUAGCGUUGGAGCCUUUCAACCGAAUCGCCCGAACGGUAUGAUGUGAAGAACAAACUUUUUCAAAGUUAUUCAUGGGAAAAUGUGCAGUUUUCUGCUUCUGACAGCACCGUGUCGUUGGUUCUGCCUUGGCUGAAGUACUUACUCCACGAACUGUCACAGUAUGAACGGAUAUCCGUUUCUCAGAAAAAUUUUUGUUCCCAGACUACCAACUGAACCGCCAUUCUCUCUGUUCUCCCAAGAUCUGUGUCAGAAUGUGGAGCAGUACUGCGCUGAGAUUUUCUCCUCAGCCUAUUUGCAAAAGGCUUCCUUAUUCGACCCGCGAUUCGCCUUCAAUCAUCAAAUCUUGACCGAAGAAGAAUGGAGCAACACCGUUUUGCAAAUUGUGGCGGAGGAAGGUUUUCAGUUUUAUUUUACACAAAAACUUUAUUGCUACUUCAGCAGCCAAAAAACAGGCCACGCCAAAAAUUAUCAAGGAAGAACCAAAAAAAGAGUUUUCGUUUUUUUCUAGUCCUUCUCAAAUACACAGAAGAACGACUGACUCAUUGAAGGUACUUGCAGCAUUAUCCUUUCUAAAGUUUUUUUUUUUCAAAUUUUAGCUCGAGUUCGAGAAUUAUAGACAACGUCUUGUUCAUGAUUUCCGACCUGAGGUCAACAGUGUGGUCUUCGAUUGGUGGGCGGCACACAAAACGUUGUACCCAACUCUGGAGAAAAUGUCGAGACGAUUUCUUUGUGUUCCUGCUUCUAGCUGCGAUGCGGAACGUAUUUUCUCGUCAGUGCUAACCUUGGAUUGCUUUUUCAAUUAACUCUUUUAGGUCAGCGGGUAUUCUUGACUCGAAUAAAAAGAGCUCCUUGCUCAGUCUGUCGUCGGCACGCUCUCUUCUACUGAUUGCGAUGAGCAACAAGGAGGAUCGGUGAAGAAAACGUAUUUGAAACCAAAGUUAGUAACAUAAGGUUGUUCAGCGAGCUAAUAUGGUCUUUGGACAUGGACGAACGUCACGGUUAUGGAGCAUCUCAAGAUGCAUCGGAAAGCCUCGAGGCCUAUCAAGAAGAAGCCUACGACGACCAGAGCGAUUAUGAUGAUGAUACGGACGAAUAUAAGCACAUUCCAAAAGAUCUGCCUCUCUCUGAUUUGUAG